AUGGCAUUCAAAAUCAGGGCGACAGUGAAUGCGGUUGUUACCCUUGCUAACAGCAACGGCCCCGGCUCACCGCGAGCAAUCGCCAACUUCAUCAUCACCAAGCUCACCGACGCGACGAUUUACGUCCAAGACCUUAUCAAGGCACGAGCAGAAGAGGAGUGGCGUCGCGUUCGAGAGGAGAACGAGGCUAUAUCAAGGGAGGCGCGCCGACGCGUUAUGGAUUGUGGGGAUGCGGAUGAGUCGUUGAUGGGGGAUCAGGAGGCGGAUGAGGAGAGGAGGCGGCCACACUUGGAGGAACACUAUCGCGCGCAGUAA